AUGACGACGUCCUUCAGCCUCUGUCCCCAUCCCGGCCCCGGAAGCCUCUCGGAUUCCCUCACCUUGAACUUGGACUCUGAGAUGCCCCAAAUCGCUCCUCGACGGUUCCAACAGCUGGGGAGGCCGCUGCCCGGCGAAGAGCUGCCGUCGAGGCCGAAAGAAUUCGCCUUUUAUCCCGGUUUCGCCAGCUCCUACCAAGCGGUUCCCGGUUAUUUGGACGUGUCGGUGGUCCCGGGGUUGGGGGCUCACCCCGAGCCUCGGCACGACGCUUUGCUUCCCAUGGAAGGUUACCAGCACUGGGCUCUUUCGAAUGGUUGGGACGGGCAAGUGUACUGCUCCAAAGAGCAAUCGCAGUCGGCGCACCUUUGGAAAUCUCCUUUUCCAGACGUGGUCCCCCUGCAACCCGAAGUCAGCAGCUAUCGGAGGGGGAGGAAGAAGAGGGUUCCCUACACCAAAAUCCAGCUGAAGGAGCUGGAGAAGGAGUACGCCGCCAGCAAAUUCAUCACCAAAGAGAAGCGGAGGAGGAUUUCGGCCACCACCAACCUGUCCGAGCGCCAAGUGACGAUCUGGUUCCAGAACCGGAGGGUCAAAGAGAAGAAAGUGGUGAGCAAAUCCAAAACAGCGCAUCUCCACCCCACCUGACAUCGCUGAAGGGAAGGUUGUGGAGGGGGGAGGUGUGGGGGGGGGUGUCAGCGAGGGGCGUCAAUAUUUAUCCGGUGAUUCGUGUGGCAACGACAGCACCGGGACUCUGCAGAUCCGAACCCAUUAUUUAAACCUCGCCACUAAGAAACGCGCAGCUCAUUCCCACCCUCGCCCGCUCGCGCCCCGCAGCACCGACCGCAUCUUCGAUGUAUUCCUCUGCCCCGUCUCUGACUGUGGAUCCCCCGAUUCUUCCGCUCUGAGAAACGCAGCGAUGAGUCGGACUGUGUCUAUUUCUCAAAGGGAAUAAGCUAAGAGGGCAGCUCUGCUAAGGGAGAGAUGAGCCCCGACCUCCGCCCCGCAGCGCGGUGUGGUCCGUUUCCCCGCAAUGACCGCUCGCAUCUCGGGCCAUUCACACCCCCCCACCCCCCCACGCGAUGUAAAUGUAUGGAGAACCCAUGGCAAAGUGCAUCAGCUUCGUCUUUCCUCGGCUCUCAGGGCCGAAAAUCGCAGCUCAGGCCGCUGCUGCGGGAAGAGAACCAUUGCUCGGUGUCGCAUCUCCAUCCCCAACGCUGGUUUAGGUCCUACGUGGAAGUGAGUUCUGUACAGUGCUGUUUUCUCGGUCUGUUCUCAUGAGGGUUUCUGUUAUCUUUGCCCCGAAACUGGAAUGCCCGUUCUCCGCUGCCAGGAUGGAAAAAUGCACAAUAUUGUCUGUAGGGUUUCUUUCUUUCCCUCUCUAAACCGACCGAAUGUCCACAGUGUUUUUCGGAUAUGUAAAAGCAUCGGGGUUUUUUUUGUUUGUUUGUUUGUUUAAUUUUUGUUUGUUUUAUUUUUUUUUUAAUGUCGUGUAUAUGUACAUAAUAUCGUGGUGUCCAGAUGAUGUGUACCGACUGCGGAUGACGUUUCUCGAAAAUAAAUCUCUUUUUUUCGGUCGUCGUUUUGCCUCGAGGAGGGACUCCGCACAGCUCUUUGUAACCUUCGGCCUCUCCCGUCCGCGGAGAAAGGGUGGAAAAAAUAGA